UUCACUGUGAGUAGUUGAGGUUAGGAAAUUCGCAAAAAAUGUCACAAUGCAGACUGCUGUAAUAAAAAAAAAUCGGGCAGUGCGUGAAGAAGAGAAAAAGUUCAUUCCUGUGGAGACUAUGAUGAACGAUAUGAACCACUUAGAACAAUAUGCGCAAACUGUCAUCAACUACACUUCGAAAUACAACAUCAGUUUUAGUAUAUCGUAUGCCCCGGAGAAUCUAGUAGGAAAAUGCGCCAAGUAUCCUUUGUAUGGUGACUUCGCGGAGACGUACAUUCUGAGAUCGUACGGGACAUGGUGGAAAGAAAGUGAGGCCUACCAGAAAGAGUAUAUGCCACUGGAAGAGGACCCGUUAGGGGCUGAAGACUACGUCACUCUGGGAUUUGAGCACCCAGUGGUACCUCGAGAUGUCUGCAUUUAUGAAACUUUUAACCCAGGGGCUGUGGUGCGCAUAUGGGGGCGGUUUACCGACUUAGAUUGGAAGCUUUUAUGGGAGGGCCCCCCACAGGAGUGUCCCGAGGGGGCACGCAAGUUCCAUCCAACAAUAAGAAAUUUAAAUUGUUUAAUCAACGAAAUCCGUAUCGAAUUCAACCAAAGCCAUUUAAAAUAUCACACUUCCAUCGAUGCCGUCUUGCUCGGAGGUUACGAACCGAAACAAGUGCUCCAACAACAUAUCCUACAGAAAGAUUUACUAAAGUGGACACCUGAAGUGGUUUCUAAAGACGGCGAAACGUGGGACGACAAGUGUGACUUGUUUUCACGACUGCCGCAUGAAGUAGUCGUGCACAUUUUCCAAUAUCUGGAUUUGUGCACGUUGGGUCGAUGUGCCCAAGUCAACAACCAAUGGAAUGCCGUCACCAAAGACCCAAUUCUGUACCAAAACCUAACCUUAAAACGAUACUGGCAUAAAAUCAACGGAAAAACCCUCUACAUUUUGGCAGAUCGGUGUAGAUACGUGCGUAAAUUAGACUUGUCGUGGUGCGGAAACGACGACAAGAGUUUCACUCAAGCAUUCCUCGAAUUUUUCCCCAAGUGCUACCAACAGCUCACCCACAUCUCCGUCUGUCACUGCGAUUUUGUCAACAACGACGUCAUACUCAAAUUCUCGAUGUGCCACGAUCUCACAGAGUUGCGCUUACGCAACACUAAGGUCGAUAAUAACGGGUUUCAGCAGUUGGCACGACUGCGUAAGUUGGUUACUUUGGAUUUGUGCUCGACUUUGAUAACGGAUGAGCCUUUGAUUAGUAUUCUCAAGGCUAACGCUGGCUUGAAGCACUUGCUUUUGGAUUUUUGUGAAAGUUUGGAACGCCUCGAUCUGGUUGUCGAAACUGUUGCCAACUGCAAUAAAGAAAUAACUACGUGGAGUUCGUUUAAGACGACUACGAUGACGGCGAUUGGUGGCUUGCACUUCGCCAGUUGUGCCAACUUGAAGGAGCUGGAUUUAGGGUGGUGCUUUCCCUUUGCUCACCCGGGGGAUUGUUUAGAAAAAAUUGCUAAAAAUUGUAGAAAUUUAACAAGAUUGAUUAUAUCGCAGUGGCGAGAUGUCAACGACUACAUGCUUUUACCAAUUACGUUGUAUUGUAAAAAUUUGGCCCAACUUGAUUUGUUGGGAAUCAAAAGUAUUACUAGGGAUAUUUGCGAGAGGUUGUUGGCUUCGCUGCCAAGUUUGAGGUUACUGGAUAUCAGUUUCUGUAAUGCGAUUAACCACCACCAGGUUAUGAUAUGGCGGCGGCAGUACCCUCACGUGACCAUUCAAAGAAGCUGUGAGUACACUGUGACAGAGUAUAUCAGUGUGGUUUUGAGGGAGUUGCCCUAGAUUCAGACCCACCAUAUGUGAUAAUUAUUAUAAGUGUUAAAUAAAUCAAUCAUUACAGUUAA